AUGGGAAUCACUGCUCCAGACGACAGCGGACUGGCAAAUCCUAGUGGCUCCAACCAAGCCCAACAACAGUCUCUGAUGGCAAACGCUGCUGUCGCUGUCGCUGCUCUGGCCAACACCGGACUCUGGCCACCGACUGCGCCCUCUGCGAACGGUCCUGGUCAAAUGCCGGGCACCGUUGUGUCCAACGCCGGCGGCGGCAGUGGUAAUUGGAUGCUUCCGUCUCAACCGUCUGUCCAUUCGCAGUACCCGCCUCCUCGGCCAAUGAACAGUGGGACCAGUGGCUCCUCCUCCUGCAUGAUGUCUGCCAACGCCCAGGCCAAUUCAACUGGAUCGGGCAACCUUCUUGAUGAGCACCGAGCAUGCUUGAUUUACGCACUGCCUUACGUCGAUAAUGCGGGUAUGCUACGUUCUGGUCUCCCCACCUCCCUCCUCCCCUCCAUUUCUGCUGCAACCCUUCUGCUCCCGCUUGAGGCUAUGGUCCUCUUGCGUUUUUGCUGUUUGUUCAGUGAGAUAGAGCAUGCUUAUGCACUGUAUUGUACUAUAGAUCAGGCACUUUUGUUGGUCGUACUUAUUUUGAUCAACAUGAACAGUCCGGAUAUGUCUCCGCCUCUUCUCAUGUGUCCACCAGCUUGUGUGUCACUGCGCUAA